AUGACGAGCGCCGGGAGUAACGCGGCGACAAAGAAGAUCCGCACGGAGUACAUGAAGAAGUUCCGCGAGCCCAAAUGGGAGACGUUGUCCAAAUGCUACCAGGACUCGGUGAAGUACAGGCUGGGCCGCCGGUUGAUGGAGCACACGCACCGGCCGCUGUUCGGGGACGGCUGGGACAGUGGCUCAGACUCCAGCGGCAGGUCCAGCCCCAGGGUUAGAGGGGUGGUAGAGUCCUCAAACCUGCAUCCGUAUCCGUCCUCCUCCGAGAGCACAGAGACGCCGCAGGUGAACACGGAACAGGACACGGACACGGCAGGGCACGACUCACUCCCUGUAGAGAAUGGAUACCAGCAUGUCACAGCUAACGGGCCAUCGGAGCUCACAGUGAAACAGAGACACCGAGCUCUACGGUCUGAACCCAGUUUCCCUCAGCGUAAACCCGACACAGAUGACUCCACCGACUCCACGCUGAGAAAACCGACCCGAGCCAAGAGCCAGCCACCGGCCAGUGCUGUAGAGAGAACCUCCAACCGGGACAACAGACGCUUGAAUAUCCGCUACGACUGGGCCGAGAGGAACAUGGAGGCCAGAGAGAGGAGGAGGCUCAACAUGAAAGGCUCAGCGUCCGCUGGAGAGAUCCACCGGGCUGACGUCGGGGUCCAGACACGCCGUGAUUCUGAGAAACAUGGGAAGGCCUUGGAUCGCCGCAGAGCAAGAUCAGCUGAUCUGGAGAAGUUGCGACGGUCCGAACUUUCGGCAGCAGACGAUCGCUGGAUUACUGAAUACAUGCGCUGCUUCUCGGCCAGACUGAGUUGUUGCAGCGAUAACGGACUGGACCACGAUGAGACUAAAACACUUCCAUUAUGCUUAUAG